AUGCACUCCCUCCGUCCACGGCUGUCCAAUCCAGUCCGGUUUUCUUUCAAGUUCUGCAAAAAUUGUACUCGACAACUUUCGCAACAGGCCCAAGGCCCUUUAGAGACAGAAAAUGACUGGACAGACUUCCAACAGACGAGGACAAGUCUAAAAACUCUGAUGGAUGCAAUGAGCCAGUAUGGUUCUACACAAACCUCACAGUGGUCUCUAAGGGACUCCCUGCAUAGACCGACCAAAGACGCGACUUUGUCUGCUUUGCUAGCCUCUGGCGCCCAUUUUGGACACGCUUCAUCACGGAUGAAUCCAAAUUUUCUGCCUUAUGCCUACGGUACACGCGCUGGCAUAACUCUCAUUGACCUAGACCACACACUUCCUCUUCUUCGUAGAGCGGCCAAAGUCGUUCGCGCUGUCGCUGCCAAUGACGGUCAAAUAGUUUUUAUCGGCACGCGCGCCGACAUACGUCCUGUUGUGCAAAAAGCUGCCCAGCGUCUAGGCACUCAAGGCUUUCAUGUCGGCGAUAGAUGGCUGCCCGGAACACUAACCAAUAAAUGGCAGAUGUUUGGCCAUGAAACUGUGCGUUCAAAGCGCAUCGUUCCCGACCUUGUUAUUCUUCUCAAUCCCAUCCAAAACAUGAAUGCCAUCCAAGAAUGCGCCCUCUCAAAUGUCCCUACCAUUGCUAUCGUGGACUCUAACGUCGAUCCUCGCAUUGUUAUGUAUCCGAUACCUGCCAAUGACGAAAGCCCGCGGACCGCAGAAAUCAUUGCAGGUGUGCUGAGUAUCGCGGGACGGGAAGGGAUUGCUAUCCGGGAGGCAGAGACGCAGAGAAUGAGAAUGGCCGUAGACUCUGCCUGGGAAGAUUUCAACAAAAUGCAGGUAAUGCAGGAUGCUCGCCAACCUCAGCGGUCAGAUGCGGAAGCUUUUGAUUACUGA